UUGGGGCAGGCGUGCCCGUUGGGCUGGCGGGCGGUGGCCGGCCGGGGUCGACGCGACGAGGCCGAGCGACAGGGGUGGCAGGGAGGGGGCGCUCUCGGGCCACAGGCGGCCGUGCGGGUUCGUGGAGCGGCUCCCGGUGGCCUGGGUGGACGCCUCCGCCGCGCCGGCGCCCAUUUUCCCCGUCCGCUAACGGGAGUGCUGCGCGGCCUACACGUCUCAGGGGCAGCCCUUUGAGGCGACGUCGCCACGGACGCCAGCCUCCUGAGCCAGGGAGACUGUUUUUCGCAAGUCGGUCCUAAAUAGUUACGAUUUUGUUUUAUUUUAUUUACAAGUCGCAGCCUUUGAACCUUGUACAACUCUCCCUGGACCACUUCCGGUUGCAGGCGAUCCGGCUUGUAACUUCGGUUCGGGUGACCUCGGCCCGGGAUGCCCCCCGACUGGCCACGGGCUCUCGUCGCAGCCGCGGCUUGAGUUAGUUGGCCCCGGGCUGGGGAAUCUGGAAAUUUUAGCCUAGCGGUUGUUGAAGCGGAGUAAAUAGCCCAAGAAACAUUAUAUUCAUGCUUAGGUGGAGAAAAGCAGGGCUAGAAUUGGAACCCAAAGCCCAGAAUGGCAGGAGAGGAUGUGGGGGCUCCACCCGAUCACCUCUGGGUUCACCAGGAGGGUAUCUACCGCGACGAAUACCAGCGCACGUGGGUGGCCGUCGUGGAAGAGGAGACGAGUUUCCUAAGGGCACGAGUCCAGCAAAUUCAGGUUCCCUUAGGUGACGCAGCUAGACCAAGUCACCUUCUUACCUCGCAGCUGCCUCUCAUGUGGCAACUCUACCCAGAGGAGCGCUACAUGGACAACAACUCUCGCUUAUGGCAGAUACAGCAUCAUUUGAUGGUCAGGGGAGUACGGGAGCUGUUGCUUAAGCUUUUGCCUGAUGAUUAACGUGGUGCUGGAAUUCUAGGAAGAUAUGCUCCUUUGUUCUGUUCAGUAUAUGGCAAUCACUUCAUCUACCACUGCAGUGCAUCCACCCUUGAGCCUGGUGGGAGGGAGUGGGUUGAAAGACUGCUCACCAAACACAGAAGUAUAGGAAGGG